AUGCCGCUACCCAAGUGUCCGCCAGGCUUCACGGAUCACAUCUUCAAGCGCGUCCACGGCCUCCCCCUGCCACUGCGCUACUGGCCCCCGCGCGCCUCUUCCACCUCGACCUCUCCCUCCCCCGACGUUCCCAGUCGUGUCACCAACGGUACCGCUCAACCCAACGGCGCUAGUCCCGCUCGCGACACUCCGUGGCUCCUCUGGGUCCACGGCGGCGGCUACACGUGCGGCAAAUGGGCGCACCCGACCCCCUGGCUCCUCCCCGCCUUCAGCGAGUACGGCCUAGUCUCGGUAGGCUACAGACUGCAGCCCGAGGCCUCACUCGCCGAGAUGGCCCAAGAUGUCGUGGACGCGUACCACUACGCCCGCACGAGUAUGGGCUUGGGCGACCGGUGUGUCAUUGGCGGCGCGAGUGCGGGAACGACGGUUGCGGCGCUGGCUGCGCUGGAACUGAUCAGGCGUGAGAGGAAGGCGACUGGAGAAGGGGUGGGAGCGCCGAGAGCGUUCCUCAGCGUUUACGGCUUGCUUGACAGCCUGGCAUACCUGGAGCAGGAGAGGAAUCAGGGCCCCCAGCCUGAACCCAGCUACCUCGUCUCGACAGAUGAGCAGUUGGCCGAGAUAUACGCAGACCCCGACCCGGCACAGGCAAGCGUGCAGAAUCCCUGGGACACAGAGCUGCCGCCUCACGUACCCCUGCAAGAGAUUCGGGACCACCUCGGCCUGCCCGGCUACGAACCCUCCGACACGGAACUGAGGCGAGUGGACGUGUACUCGUACGCUGCGUGUCAUGGCAAUCUCUUCGAGUCCGUCUGUCGGAUGAAGGACUACCACUCCGACUCCGAGUUCAAGGACCGCGUGCGCGCUGACUCGCCACAACAUAUCCUCCAGAAGGAGGGAGAGUUCAUGCCCACGUUCCUCAUGCACGGUCUCGCUGACGAUAUCGUCCCCGCUUCCCAUUCUGAGAACUUUGCCCGGACGCUGAGGAGCAAAGGUGUGCCCACGGAAGAGGUUUACGUCGAGGGGGCUGGACAUGUGUACGACUUUGGAUUCGAGAAGGCCGGCGAUGCGGGAUGGGACGUCAGCGUUGUCCCUGCGCUCCGGUUCUUGGAUAGGCAUGUGUAA